AUCCUGCACCCUCCAAUCAUCUUCCUACCUUAUCUUCCACGCUUAGAUGGUUUCACUGUUCAAAUCUCAAAACCUUAGCUUUACCAUUGCGAUUAUGUCGCAGCAACCAUAUGGCGAUUCAAGUAGCCUCAUCAUCAUCCUUCAGCUUCACCAGAACCAAGUACAGAUAUGAAUAUGACAUUUUUCUGAGUUUCAGAGGCGAAGAUACUCGCCACUCCUUCACUGAAAUUCUCUAUGAUGCUUUGCGACGUAAGGGAAUCAACGCCUUCAUUGACGACAAGAAGCUUGGCAAAGGGGAAGAGAUCUCUCCAACGCUUCUCAAAGCCAUAGAGAGAUCCAGAAUUUCCAUUAUUGUCUUCUCUACCAACUAUGCUACUUCCACCUGGUGCCUCGAGGAACUCGCCCACAUCGUUUGGUGUAGGAAGCAGAAGAACCAGGCGGUGAUGCCCAUCUUUUACAAGGUGGAUCCAUUGGAUGUUCAGUAUCAGAGAAAUAGCUUUGAGGAAGCCAUGGCUGCUCUUGAAGAUAGGUUCAGAGAUGACUUAGAGAAAGUGCGAAAAUGGAGGUCUGCUUUGUCUGAAGCUGCUAGCUUGUCAUCAGCAUGGCUUUUCGAAGAUGGGUACGAGUUGGGAUUUAUUGAAAAGAUAGUCGAAGAUGCGUAUGCUAUGCUGCCACCAAAGCGCUUCCAUAACACUGAUCAUUUGGUUGGACUUGAACCUCGUAUUGAGGAGUUGAUGUCACUUCUGAAUAAGUCUAAUGAUCGUGUUUGUAUGUUGGGGAUUCAUGGAACUGGUGGGGUUGGCAAAACAACCAUUGCGAAAGCUAUCUAUAAUUCAAUCUUUUACCAUUUUGAAGGUUCGUGUUUUUUGUUUGAUGUCAAAGAAGCAUCAAACAAAUAUCAGGGCAUUGUUCGCCUUCAGGAGACACUUUUAUCAGAGAUUGUUGAAGAGAAGAGGAUGAAGUUUGGUAGUAUUGAUGAAGGAAUCUCAAACAUAAAGCACAGACUCUCUCAGAAAAAGGUUUUGUUGGUUCUUGAUGAUGUUGAUGAGGUUGAACAAUUAGAACAACUCGCUGGAGGUUGCGAUUGGUUUGGAUCUGGAAGCAAGAUCAUUAUAACUACAAGAAAUAAGCAGUUGCUAAUUGCAUGUAAUGUUAGAGAAACAUAUGAAAUGAAGAAGCUAGACUGGCUUUACUCUCUUGAACUUUUUUGUUGGCAUGCCUUUGGUACGAGCCAACCUAGGAAAGGCUAUAAAGACAUGUCCAUUCAUGUUAUAAGGUAUGCGAGUGGCCUUCCUUUGGCUUUAAAAUUAAUAGGCUCCAAUUUGACAAAUAAAAGCAUUAAGGAAUGGAGAUCUAUAUUGAAGCAAUAUGAUGAGAUCCCAGAAGGAGCAAUUCAUCAUGUAUUGAAGAUAAGCUAUGAUUUUUUGCAAGACGGUGCUAAGCGUGUCUUUUUAGAUAUUGCUUGUUUCUUUAAAGAGAAGAAAUUGGAAUUUGUUGAAGCAAUACUAGAAGCUUGUCAUUGUGGAGCAAGGUUUUAUAUUGAAGUUCUUGUUGAUAAAUCUCUGAUAACUAUUCGUCGUAAUGGUUACUUGGACAUGCAUGGUCUAAUACAACAUAUGGGUAGAGAGAUUGUUAGGAAAGAAGCACCAUAUGAUCCUGGUAAACGUAGCAGAUUAUGGUAUAACAAAGAUGUUCUCAAAGUAUUGUGUGAAAAUUUAGGAAGCAGUAAUAUUGAAGGAAUAAUUCUCGAUCCACCUCAACAAGAAGAAGUGGAGUGGAGUGGUUUAGCAUUUGAGAAGAUGAAUAAUCUUAAAAUUCUCAUUGUUCGCAAUACCAAAUUUUUAACAAGUCCAAAAUAUCUUCCAAAUAGUUUAGUGUUACUUGAUUGGCAGGAAUAUCCUUCAAUGACAUUGCCACAGGAUUUUUCUCCUCCAAAGUUAAUCUGCUUCAAGAUAUAUGGAAGCCCUUUCAGAUUGGUGGAACCAUUCAAGAAGUUUGAAUAUGUGACAUACAUGGAUUUCUCAAGGUGUAAAUUCAUAACUGAAGUACCUGACAUGUCUCGGUUUCAAAAUUUAAAAACAUUAAGCUUUAGUGAAUGUCACAAUCUGAUCAAAGUUCAUGAUUCAGUGGGAUCUCUAUGUAAGCUUGUUGAAUUAGAUGUUAGCGAAUGCAUCAAACUUGCAAGUUUUCCACAUGAAAUCAAGAUGCCAUCUCUUGAAGUUCUUAAUAUCAAUGAUUGCAAGAGUCUUGACUACUUCCCACACAUCGUGGGAAACAUGGAUUCCCUCAUGUAUAUUUAUGCAGAUGGCAGUGCUAUUAAUGAGAUGCCAUCUUCCAUUGGAAGUCUUCCAAGGCUUGACAGUCUAUAUUUAAGAUCCUGCAAAAGUCUUGAGGAGCUUCCAGACAGCUUAUUGACAUUGCAUAAUCUUAGAGUGAUUCUGUUAGGAGGUCUAAAACCUCAUGGGAGAAAAUCUUUGAAGAAAGUAUUGCAAGAGAGCCAGCUAACAAUUAUGAGCUUCUCGAAGUUAGCUCGCCUAGAUCUCCACGAUUGUGGUCUUUUGGAUGAAGAUCUUGACCUAACUCUGAAAUGUUUCAAGAAUGUGAGAGACUUGAAUCUAUCAUGGAAUGAUUUUGUGUCACUUCCUGGGUGUAUUAAGGAGUGUGUUCAUUUGUGGAGACUAAUAGUGGGUAACUGCAAGAGACUUAGAGAUAUACCAGAGCUGCCAUCAAGUUUAGGGGACAUAAUGGCAAAUAAUUGCACAUCAUUAACCUUGGAGUCUUCAGGCCGUUUAUGGUCUCAGGCAAAAAAGAGCUUUGGUGUGGGAAUCGUUAUGCCAGAAACAACAUUUCCUGAUUGGUUAGACCAUUGCUGUAAAGGAGCAAAAUUGUCUUUUCGUGUUCGUGGAAAUUUCCCUCGUGUCGUCGUCGCAUACGAGACGGGGAAAGCAAACACAAGGAUGGAAUUUUACUCGUUGGAAGUUUUUAUGAGCAUCAAUGGUCGCAAUAAAAUGUCAUGGGUACAAAGUGAUCGUGAUGCAAGGGAAAGGGGUCGUAUCUUGUUGUCUUUUGGUGGUCAAGGUCAUGUGUUUUUGUAUGAUCUGCUUAGUGAUUUCAGGGAAGAAGAGUUGGAAGGGCUCAAUAAGUUUCUGGAUUUGGAUUGGAAUGACGUGGACAUACAAGUUACAUGUCAACCACCUGAUCUAUCCAUAGUGAACUGUGGUAUUUAUGUCGAUAAGCAACAAACUAACAUGGAGAAUAUCCAGUUCAAGUCUCCUCUGCUUUCCAUGGAUACUUCAAAAACUUCACUGAAACGAAAAGCUAUAGCUUCUCAUCCUAAGGAACCACCCAAGAAGAACUUGAGAAGGUUCAAAGAAAGGACAAGGAAAACUAAACGACGCCAAAAUUUUCGUUCGCAGCACAAGAGAAAGAUGUUUUUUCCUAUGGCUAAGCAUCUUUGGAGAGCUUUGUACUCUUAGGUAUCAAAUAUUACCAUUCGUAGCCCAUUGUUAGCCAAAAAGGAUUGUUGAUCUGCACGAGUGUUAAUCCCAAGCUGCAUAGAGAUGAUUAUAUGGAUAUUGUUUAAAGUUGAGAAAUUCAUUUCUAGCUUUCACAAAUUUUAUCAUCGAUAAAGAAUUGAGCUCCAAACUUGCUCUUAAGAUUA